AAAAAAAAUAAAAAAAAUUGGCAGUUAAAUAACGAACUGGGUCCUUACAAAAUGAAGUCAACAAUGGCAAGGGCUGCUACUGGACCAAUGCUAUUGCCUGAGUUUCCGCUAGCCGGCGAUCUUUGUGCCUUGGUUAUCUCCACCUGUGUUGCAGUCAUUGAGCUGCGAAUUUUUGAAGAAACUGCAAAAAGAGGGCUAUUUGACCAGAAACUAAACAGGAAGCUUUUGCAUUUAACUUUUGGCCCGAUAUUCAUGCUAUGCUGGCCCCUCUUUAGUUCGGGGUGGCAAGGAGCAAUUCUGGCAGCACUUGUUCCUGGUGUCAACAUAGCCAACGUGCUUCUCAUCGGACUUGGAAUAGUGAAAGACGAAGCCACUGUUAAAUCUAUGAGCAGAUAUGGAGACUACAGGGAACUUAUUAAGGGUCCAAUGUACUAUGCUAUUACAAUCACUCUGUGUUGUGCAAUCUACUGGAGAACGUCUCCGAUUGCCAUUGCUGCUAUUUGCAAUCUUUGUGCUGGAGAUGGUAUUGCUGACAUUAUUGGGAGGCGGUUUGGAAAGAAGAAGCUCCCUUAUAAUACCGAUAAAUCUUUUGCUGGGUCCAUCAGCAUGGCAAUUGCUGGUUUCAUAGCAUCUGUCUGGUACAUGUACUAUUAUUCAAUGUUUGGCUUCGUUGAGAAACGUUUUGGAACGGUGGUUGGGUUUUUAGUGGUGUCCAUUACAAGCGCAUUCGUUGAGUCCCAUCCGAUAAGCACCAAGUUAGAUGACAAUCUCACGGUGCCACUUUCCUCUGUGUUGCUAGGAACUUUGGUAUUCUCAUGAAUAUUCGGAGUUGAGAAGACUGGUCCUUUUUACUUGAAUUUCUGAACUCCUUAUUUUGUUGAAUAAAUUUGGCUAAUUUAUUUUCUUUCAUAAAGAGGAAUAGUUAUACUGGCUGUUUAUAACACAAAAGAUAAACAUUACAAUUAUAUGAUUGUGGCUUCACGACA